UCUAUAAAGCACAUUUUAUUUCAGCAGCUGAUCGAUAUCAUUUAUUGAUCGGAAAACCAGGUCGAUCUCGCUACCUUAGCCCGGUGAUGCAGACGUCGUGACAGUCACACAUGGUGACAUUAAUGGGGAACGCCUAGUUUUCGGGAUCAUCUAAGCUCUUUAUUCCACUCGAGUACCUAGCGCUGAAUGGGGCACCGUUCCACUAAAUAAUUCCUACCUAUAGACGGGUGCCAUGCUUGGCUGAAGUUCAAUGGAAGCGGAGUGGUGACGUUUUACAUUUUCUGUUUAUACAAGAAUGUCUGAUCGUAAUGGGACUUGCGUUUUAGAAAUGGUGUAAAUUUUGGACUAUUUAAGAUCAUGAUGGAUAAAAAAGACAAGCGGACCCCGGUGACUGAGAUUUUCCCCCCGCAGGACGAGUCCAAGGAGCACCUCCUCCCAGUCCGCUCUCAGAUCGCUAAGUUUGAGGAGAAGGCUCGUCUGAACUUUAACAAGGGUCGACCUGCUCCCCAGCCCCCCGGGAGAUCGUUCGUUCUUCCAAAAAUCGGAAACUAUCAGCCGAAAUCGUUACUGCUGUCUAAUUACAAGGACAAAGAUGCAAAUAAAACGGAUUUCCAGAAACUGAACGACAAGAAUGAAACUGUCGAGGAGCCAAUGAAGUACAUGAUAAUUGGUGAUAAAGACACGCCCAUCACGAUACACCAGUCAUCUGACGUUAUAGACACGCCCCCAGAAAAUGAAUUUUUCCCGCGGUUUGGUUCUGACAAUCCAGUGUAUGAACCAGAGGAGCCGCAGACAAAAACGGACGAAAAAGACCUUGUUUUAGAUUUUGAGAAAACUGUCAAAAAUCCUUUGUUUCAGGAAAACGACCAAAAUGUUCCAUCUUCCCCGAUAAUGUCCGAGGAUAUUGAUAUGGCAGACGAGCCUGGUACAGAAGAGGCUGAUGUUAAAGCUGUGUACAAAAAAAGACCGGCGCCUCCUCCCCCAGUUUCCGCUCGUUCGAUAGAGAAGGAGGAGGAACAUCCGCCACCGGACUACGAACCGGAACCGGAUUACGACGACGAUGUAUUACCUAAGGAGGUCGGUCCUCCGGUACGGAAUUUCCCGAGACGACAGGGAAGCGAGGUGAUACGUGAGUAUCAGGGGGAGGACUUUUCUAAAUAUAUGCACGACAGUGAGGACGAGGAUUAUCACUCAGAUCACAUGUACACAUGGAGAAAUAAGAUAAAAUACAAACGGAAAAACGCGCCAAAUCGAACAGUGUCUCAACACGCCGAGAAAAAGAGAGACCAUCAUUCGAAACCAAAACAAAGUCAAAUGAAAUCAAAUGGACAUUCUAGUGCAAGUAAAUUGCCCGAGGAUGAAAUGAGACGCAAGACAAUCAGGGAUUUCAGUUACACUGAUUCUAAAAUCGGAUAUGACGAUAGGACUGUAAAAAGUACGACCGCUGCGGGGCGCUACAUGAAACGCGGGAAAGAUCGACUUCCGUUACAGCAGGUGAGAAGUGGGUCUUACGAAGAUUUUCUCAGAAGCCGAUAUAACGAGAGCGGUAGUAAUGGAAGCGGCGACAGUGGACAUGAAACGGGAGACGAUUUUGAACUUAACCCGGACAUAUUUUUACAAAGUCAGCCAAGGCAAUUUAAAAAUGGAAGUAAACAAUCUGUCUGGGAAAAAUUAACCUGGCGAUUUAAACGACACUCUAAAGGAUAUGCUAUGACGUAGAUUUAUUAGUGAGAAGGAAUAAAAAAAGUUCGUUUCAUUUUGGAAUAUUUUAAUGUAAAACUAUAUAGUGCUUUUUAGAGACUUGUUAUAGAAUUGGAUAUUACAAAAGUUAUUGGUACAAUGGAUCUUUUGUACUCUUAUUGAAACAGAUUUUUAUAGCAUGCACUAAAAGCACAGCAUUUAGCGUUUAAUUACUUAUGUUACUGUUUUGUAGCAUUUAUGGUUCACUAGCGGGGUUAUUUGUAUAUAUCUUUUUGCUGAGAUGGAAGAUUAUAUUUAUCCUUCGUAUCACAACAGCACAGCAUGUGAUAUAGCAUAUACUGAUCCGCUAUGUACAAUUGACGGUAACUGAUUAGUGUGCAGUCUAAGGCUGCGUCCUUGACACUUGAGUAUAUGAGGGUACCCUUUGACCUUACACAUACAAAGGAUGUGUGUAUAUUGUCCAAGAAAGGUUUUGGAGGUAAUUUGCCAAAGGUAUAAUGCUAAGUAUAAACUGAAGUGAACGUUGAUUUCUAUUCAUUUUAUUAGAAAGCCUGUUCUUUAAAUAUUUUUUUCUUGCGACGAGAUCCUCUGCUUUCCGGUGCCUUGUUUCGUUUUCCUUUUUAAGGCCAUGGGUGUUUUUACUUAUGUGAGAACUUUUUAUUGUAGUAGACAAAAAUGUCCUUUUGAGGUAGUGUUGCUUUAGCUGUGUUUAUUCUGUGAUACAUGAAAAUAUACCAAAUCUUAUUUUUACCAUUUAAGUAUACAUUUCUAUUGCAAAAUGUAGGUGUUGUAUAAUAUUGUUGAUUUUAUGUGCAAUAAUAUAUUGAUUCCAUAAAGUUUUAAAAUAUGAUUAUGAAUUAUUGCCAUGGAGAUAUCACCGCAUUAAUGUUUUUGUAA